GGAUUGAUGACGUAUAAUUCAAGAGACGCCAGAUAAUAAGCUGCGUGCUCUCCAGUGGACGUGGACCUUCGGACAUUGCGGAAAACACUCAUGCAUCGUUGCUUCACCCUGACCAUUGCCCGGCACAGCAGGCUUCUUUUGAGGAGCAACUUCCCGCCCGCCCAGCACCACCAGUCCGCCGGAAUGUCUGGUCUCCUCAUUAACCAGCCUAAAUACGCUUGGCUGAAGGAGCUGGGUCUGGCUGAGGACAACCCCGGCGUUUAUAACGGCAGCUGGGGGGGCAGCGGGGAGGUGGUCACCUCGUACUGCCCCGCCAACAACGAGCCCAUCGCCAGAGUGACCCAAGCCACGUUGGCCGAGUACGAAGAAAGCGUUGCCAAGUCCAGGGAGGCCUGGAAGAUGUGGGCCGACAUCCCUGCCCCCAAACGAGGGGAGAUCGUCAGGCAGAUCGGGGAUGCGCUCAGGAAGAAAAUCAAAGUUCUGGGCAGCUUGGUGUCUCUGGAGAUGGGGAAGAUCUACGUGGAGGGGGUGGGGGAGGUUCAGGAGUACGUGGACGUGUGCGACUACGCCGUCGGCCUGUCGAGAAUGAUCGGCGGGCCCAUCCUGCCCUCGGAGAGACCGGGCCACGCCCUCAUCGAACAGUGGAACCCCGUCGGCCUGGUUGGCGUCAUCACUGCCUUCAACUUCCCGGUGGCCGUCUACGGCUGGAACAACGCCAUCGCGCUUAUUUGCGGCAACGUCUGCCUCUGGAAAGGAGCCCCGACCACGCCCCUCACCAGCGUGGCCGUCACCAAGAUUGUGGCCGAGGUGCUGGAGCGGAACAACCUCCCGGGGGCGAUCUGCUCCAUGACCUGUGGGGGCGCUGAUAUCGGCACCGCCAUGUCCAAGGAUGAGCGGGUGGACUUGCUGUCGUUCACCGGCAGCACCCAAGUCGGGAAGACGGUGGCCAUGAUGGUUCAGGAGCGCUUCGGCCGCAGUCUGCUGGAGCUGGGUGGAAACAACGCCAUCAUCGUGUUUGAGGACGCCGACCUGGAUCUGGUGGUGCCGUCGGCCGUGUUCGCGUCGGUCGGAACCGCCGGGCAGCGUUGCACCACCACCAGGAGGCUGAUGCUGCACCAAAGUCUCCAUGACACCGUGAUCGACAGAGUCGCCAAAGCCUACAAACAAGUCCGCAUCGGAGACCCCUGGGACCCCAGUACCCUGUACGGGCCUCUGCACACCAAGCGAGCCGUGCAGCAAUACCUGGCCGCCAUCGAGGAGGCCAAGCAGCAGGGCGGCACGGUCGUCUGCGGAGGGAACGUGAUGGACCGUCCCGGAAAUUACGUGGAGCCCACCAUCAUCGCCGGGCUGCCUCACGACGCUGCCGUCGUCCACACGGAAACGUUCGUCCCCAUCCUCUACGUCCUCAAGUUCACGAGCGAAGAGGAGGCCUUCUCCUGGAACAAUGAGGUGAAGCAGGGCCUGUCCAGCAGCAUCUUCACCAAAGAUAUGGGGCGGGUCUUCCGCUGGCUGGGACCCAAGGGCUCCGACUGCGGCAUCGUCAACGUCAACAUUCCCACCAGCGGCGCCGAGAUCGGAGGCGCGUUCGGCGGGGAGAAGCACACCGGGGGGGGGAGGGAGUCCGGCAGUGACUCGUGGAAGCAGUACAUGCGGCGCUCCACGUGCACCAUCAACUACAGCAAGGAGCUCCCUCUUGCGCAGGGAAUUAAGUUCGAGUGACACCUCCUGCCGUGAAUAUUCAUGGCUGCCUUGCGUCACUGCACCAAUACCUGACGUGGAGAAGGUCAUCCAAGGUUACUAUGGAGUAGAUAUCUAGUAGAUUAGAUGUGGACUUUUUCAACUUAAAGGUUUUCUGCAAGCACUUAGAGAUGGACUUUGUGUAAUAAAUGACCUAAUGUACCAGAUUGGCAGAAAUAAAUCUAACUUGUUGUUGGAACCCAAACAAUAGAA